AUGAACCCGAAAAACGGGCACGCCCAUCUGCUUUACGGGCUGGAAACGGCUAUUCGUACCGCUCCGGACGGAAGAAUAAAACCCCUCAAAUACGCGGCAGCAGUUGAAAAUGCACUGCGCAAAAAACUCGACGCAGACAUAGGUUAUUCAGGACUGAUUUGUCAGAAUCCUAACCACAGUCACUGGAAAAUUUCCGUAUGGCAGCCUGAACUCUACACACUAGACUGGUUAGCCGACUCACUCGACCUGAACGCCGCGAACGACAAAGAAAUUGUCGUCGAUUACGGUUUAGGCCGUAAUUGCACGCUGUUUGAUAAAACACGAAAGUGGGCAUAUCGCGCCAUCCGUCAGGGCUGGCCUGAGUAUGAGCAGUGGCUGCAAGCCUGCUAUGAACGAGCUAGUGCCUAUAACCUACAGUUUUCUUUUCCAUUGGACGAUAAAGAAGUUAAAGGUAUUGCAAACAGCAUAUCUAAAUGGACUUUUGCUAAUUUCUCUGAUGUAGCGUUUAGAGAAUACGUAAUAAAAACGCACUCUCCAGAAAUACAAUCAAUUAGAGGAAGGAAAAGUAAAGGGGGGGGGCGACCUAAGAUGAUUGGUGAACCGUGGAAGGAUAUGGGGAUUAGUCGGUCAACAUGGUAUAGGAAAUACAGGUGA